AUGCGUACAACGGCAAACAUCUGCCAAGGCAAUCGCUUUUAUAGGAUUGUCGCAUUAGCGAAAUGGCAUGCGAAGUCUGUGUCGAUAAAACUGAAGGAUCCUGAAAGUUUCGAAAAAUUGGCAAGUCCAUUGAAGGAAAACAUUUUCCCGGUAGAUUCGAAUGAUGCCGUUGGCAGGACCGUUGACGGGGGUUUGGAUAGUGCAAUCAGUCACUUGGAAUCAAUAAAACUUCAAACGGCAGAGUUAAAAAAGGUGAUAGAGUAUGUGAAAUCUCUCAAAAAUAAAUGCUACGAUAUAAUAGCAAAGUUGCUUUCCUUACCGAAAGAUAGGUAUUUCACUAUCUGUCAUGGGGAUGCAUGGAUAAACAACAUCCUUUAUAAGUAUGAUAAGAACGGUAAACUGCUUGAUAUCAAAUUCGUUGAUUUUCAAAUAUCUCGGCAUACAUCUGUCGCCCUUGACUUCCAUUAUUUCGUGUACUCGAGCGUAAGAUCUUGCAUUAUUGAAGAUAAUUACGAUAAUUUGAUCGAGCUUUAUCACCGUACGUUUGUGGAAAAGCUUAAAGAGUAUGGCGUUUCCGAGGGAGAUCUUAAGAAUUUGACCAUGGAAUGGUUCAAGUCGGAAUUAAAGAAGUUUAGCUUGUACGGAUUGGUCACUGGAUUCUGGUUGAUUCAUGUAGUACUCGCUGAUGAAACCAACGUUCUAGAUAUGGAUAAAAUAACUGCCGAGGAUAUAAAAAACAUGGAAUUUUUUAAUAGGACAAUAGAUGCAACGAAAGCCGAGAGAUUUAAAUUCAUAGCUUUGCAUUAUCUUCGAAUGUAUAUGCAAUAGAUGGAAUUUUUAAAAAAUAGACAAAGGGAACAACUAUCACAGAUGUAGACCAUGUGUAAUUAUGUUUCAUAUUUUUUAAUCUUGCCAAUUAAAAUUUAUUUGAAAAGAAGUAGUAUGAGUUAAGAAAAAAAAUAUUUUUGUAAUUCUAUAAUAUUAUAAACAUUAACAGCAAAAAUGUUAGUUAUUGACCCGCAUUAUAGCCAUUAUUGAAAAGUUAUCAUUUAAUUAUAGAAUAAUUGAAAGAAAGAACAAAUUUAUUAUAGUACAAUCUAAGGAAAUAUUAAUACAAUUUUAAAUAGAAGAAAGAAAAAAUCAAAAUAAUAAAACAAUUCAAUUAACUUUUUAUUUUAAUUACGAUGCAUCAAAUAUGUGCCAAAUUGCUAGUAUAUUAACGAUUUUUUCUUAGAAUAUACACGUCUUUUUAUAUUAUAAGUAUAUUAACCUUUAAAUUAUAAAUAUUAAAUUGUUUGUAAAAACACAAAUUGUAAUACAAGGAGUUAAGCAAAAUUUUUGGACGAAAGAAAACAAAACUUCAAUGAGAAAGAU